AUGAACCGGGGCAAGGACCGCCCAGCAAUGAAGAUAGCAGGUCACAUCAUCAGCCCGAAGCACCAUCACAAACUACUGGGAGUCAUCCUCGACCAGGAGCUGCGGUGGAAGGAACAGGUAGCGUCAGCGAUAGGGAAAGGAGCGGCAUACGCGCAGCAACUAUGGCGCCUCUCGAGGACCUCAGCCGGGCUCUCACUCAAAGCCAUGCGGCAGCUACAUCGGUCGGUAGUCACAACGAAGAUACUCUACGCCGCUAGUGUUUGGCUACCGCCACCGAUCGUAGGGGACUCAGAAACAGCAGGGCGUGGUUCCAUCACCACCCUCAAGAAAAUCCGAUCAGUACAGCGGCUCCCUCUCCUAUCAAUGACAGGAGCGCUACGCACCUCGCCUAUAGACCUACUCGAGGUCCUCACGGACGUCGCACCUGCGGUACUGACAGCCCAACGCGUGUGCCACACGACAGCCAUUCGAAUGGCCGCACUGCCGGCCACUAACCCGGUGACCAAGCUCUUCGCGCGAGCGGCGCGCAUGUACGUCAAACACCACAGGUCGGCCCUGCAUUACCUAGUCCAUCGGUGCGGAGUCCACCCCGGGGAGGUAGAGAGCCUCCACUACCCGCCACCCUUUGUGUCCCCAACACCGCUCGUCACGGACAUUGCCGGCUCCAAGAAGGAGGCUGUCGAAAAACACAACAACCGCGGUCCUGGAACCGUAGUAUACUCGGACGGCUCUAGUCAUAACGGCAGAGUAGGGGCAGCAGCCAUCCUGAUACGCGACGAUGGAUCGAGCCGUUCGCUGCGGCACCACCUCGGAACCGAGCGGACCCACACCGUAUUCGAAGCGGAGCUAGUGGGGGUGAUACUGGCCCUCCACCUCCUG